UUUGCAUUGCAUGCUUCUCUUUUGCCUUUCGUUCUCUCGCUUUUCUCUCUACCCUCGCAAAUCCCCCACCCAACAAGUUUCAUGACUCAACAAAUCCAACUAUACGCGUAGAAGAAGAAGAACAGACAGAUCAGGGAUAUAUAGUAAUCACGUAUGUUGGAAAACCAUCCGCCUGAAUUACUGAUAAAAGGUCAAGGGCGACUCGUCUCCAAAUGGCCGUUGAAGCUCGGCGUCUCUGUCUUUUCACACCACAGAUUCUUGACAACAGGGGAAUGUUGAAUGUGAUUGAAGGUGUGAAUAAUAAUUUUAAUACUAUUAAUAACAACAUGAUGUAUGGCGAGCCCUUUGGUUCGACGACCACCACCACCGCGGCUGAUGCAUUGAUUCCUCCUGCUUCCAUCAACGGUAAGACUGUUGCGGCAGAUUGGACUCCGGUGAAAACGGCAAUGAAGUCGGACAGUGGCCUUACCUGCUCCAUCCCUAUCCUGGCGUCAAGGAAGCGCCCCAGAGAUCCCUCCUACGCCGGAAUCGCCAACUGCCACCGCAACUUGCUCCCGUUUCCUGCCAAUCUUAACAGUAGUGAACGCUGCACUUCCGUUGCGACUUUCUUGGGAGAAGACAUCUCCUUACGCACCCAGCAACACCAAUUGGAAAUCGAUCAAUUCAUCUCCCACCACGCGGCGAAGGUGAGAAAGGAAAUUGAGGAACAGAGAAAGGAUUAUUCAUUGAGGGUAAUAAGGGCGGUGGAGGAGAGCUUGAUGAAGAGACUGAGAGCGAAAGAGGAGGAAAUCGAGAAUAUUGGGAAAUUAAAUUGGGCAUUGGCGGAGAAAGUUAGGUCGUUGUGCGCAGAAAACCAGAUAUGGAGAGAAUUGGCGCAGAGCAAUGAGGCCACGGCAAAUGCAUUGAGAAACAACCUGGAGCAGGUGGUGCUGGCUCAAGCCCAACAAGUCGAAGCUCAAUUGCAUUAUAAAGCGGAGGGUUUGAUGGAUGAUGAAGCGCAGUCAUGCUGCGGAAGCAAUUACUAUUUGGAUAUGGGAAAAGGAGGAGGAGAAGGGGCAGAGCAAGUGGAGCGUAAUCGUAGCAAUAACGAUGACAUUGGUAAGCGUGCAAUAAACGAGGAGGAGGAGGAGAGCGGCAGUGGCAGGAGGAGGAGGAGGAGGAGGUGGUGCAGGGUGUGCAGAAAUUGCGGCAAGGAGGAGGCGAGCGUGUUGCUGCUGCCGUGCAGGCACCUGUGCUUGUGUUAUGCUUGCGGGCCUGCCCUCGACUCAUGCCCCGUUUGUCUUUCCACCAAGAACGCCGCCCUUCACAUCAACUUGUCCUCCCAUUCCUCAUCCACCUAGUUUUUUUCAGUUUUUUUUUUUCAGUCUUAAUUUGUCGACUGAUAAACAGAAGAGAUAGAAAGAAGAAGAGAGGGAUCUUGGAAGAAAUUUUAGAUAUGGUAAGAACCAAUA